AUGGAUCCCAAUAACAACAACAAUCGCCUCUAUCUUAACUUUGGCAACGGCAACGACCGUUUGACCGCCUCGGACAGGGCAGCAUAUCCCACUACGCCCUCGACCUUCCCGCAGCCCGUUUUCCCUUCAGCUUCAGGUCAACAGCCGGGUGGAUUGCAACCCCAAGGUCAGCAGCAGCAGCAGCAACAAUAUGCUGGUGGCUAUGCGCCCCAGGGCUACUUUAACCAGAACCAAUAUGCCCAGUAUAGCGGCCAGCAACAGCAGCAGUCCAAUGACUAUGCUCAGGGUGCUGGGUAUCAACCACGAUCCAAUACACCGGGCACCAACGACCCAAACACAGGCCUCGCUCACCAGUUCUCUCAUCAGAACCUCGGAGGUGCUGCUCGAGGGCAAGGUUAUGCUCGAGGUCCCUCUCCAGGUCAGCGUCCCAGGACCGCUGGUAGUACAGGACAGCAGCCUGGCUACAACAGCUACAUGAACGCCCCUCCUAUGCCAACACAGGCCUCUGCCCCCGCAGAAGAAUUCCAACGUGCACCCGAGCGAAACCCUGAUCGAUAUGGUACAAAUGUCAAUAGCAACCAAAAGAAGUGUUCCCAGCUCGCCGCCGACUUUUUUAAGGAUAGUGUCAAGCGUGCCCGCGAGCGCAACCAAAGACAAAGUGAAUUGGAGCAGAAGCUUCAGGACCCCUCACAGGGCGCCGCUAGACGUGAGCAGCUCUGGUCCACUGCUGGCAGAAAAGAAGGCCAGUAUCUGCGUUUCCUUCGUACCAAGGACAAGCCCGAAAACUAUAAUACUGUAAAGAUUAUCGGAAAGGGUGCCUUUGGAGAGGUCAAGCUCGUGCAGAAGAAGGGUGAUGGCAAGGUCUAUGCUAUGAAGUCUCUGAUAAAGACAGAAAUGUUUAAGAAGGACCAGCUUGCACAUGUUCGAUCAGAGCGAGACAUUCUCGCAGAGUCUGAUAGUCCAUGGGUCGUCAAGCUCUACACUACCUUCCAGGACUCAUACUUCCUCUACAUGCUAAUGGAGUUCUUGCCCGGUGGAGAUCUAAUGACAAUGCUUAUCAAGUAUGAAAUUUUCUCGGAGGAUAUCACUCGCUUUUAUAUUGCGGAGAUUGUUCUCGCUAUUGAGGCCGUCCACAAGUUGGGCUUCAUCCACCGUGAUAUCAAGCCUGACAACAUUCUCCUCGAUCGCGGAGGACAUGUCAAACUCACAGAUUUUGGCCUGUCGACUGGCUUCCACAGGCUUCAUGAUAAUAACUAUUAUCAGCAGCUGUUGCAAGGUAGAUCAAACAGGCCUCGCGACCGUAACUCGGUUGCGCUUGAUCAAAUCAACCUGACAGUCAGCAAUCGAUCCCAGAUCAACGACUGGAGACGAUCUCGAAGACUUAUGGCGUACUCGACCGUCGGAACUCCUGACUACAUUGCUCCUGAGAUUUUCACUGGCCACGGCUACACCUUCGACUGUGAUUGGUGGUCACUCGGCACGAUCAUGUUCGAGUGUCUGGUCGGCUGGCCUCCUUUCUGCGCCGAAGACAGCCAUGACACGUACCGCAAGAUUGUCAACUGGAGACAAACUCUGUACUUUCCAGAUGAUAUCACACUGGGUACCGAUGCGGAGCAUCUUAUCCGAAGCAUGGUCUGUAACACAGAGAACCGUCUCGGCCGUGGUGGUGCCCACGAAAUCAAGGGCCAUGCGUUCUUCCGCGGUGUUGAGUUUGAUAGCCUUCGCCGUAUUCGCGCACCCUUUGAGCCCCGCUUGACCUCCAACAUCGACACGACUUAUUUCCCUACUGAUGAAAUUGAUCAGACCGAUAACGCCACUGUCCUUAAGGCGCAGGCUAUCCAGCAAGGCCACAAGGUCGAGGAGUCUCCAGAGAUGAGUUUGCCAUUCAUCGGCUAUACAUUCAAGCGAUUUGAUAACAACUUCCGAUAA